CGCCCUCCUCUGAACGAGGAGGCGACCUGACUGCUGCUUCCAGAAGCUUGCUCUCAGGGAGCACCCAUCCACCAUGAAGAACUAUUGCAGAGGGCUUUCCCAGAGGCAGGCUUUCCUGCUUCUGGCUGGGCUGACGUUGUUCUUUAUUCUGCCCUCCUUUAUUAAGAAGCCAAGCACAAAGGAUUCCAGGUACCAGUUCAUAGAGAACAAUGGAUCAAGUCCGCAGGAGAUUCAACCAGAGGCUGAACCCCAAAGACCCAUCAUGACACUGCCACCCAGAAUUCACAACAAGGAGACAACCUCUGUCAAGACAAAGGAGGUGGACCUGAAGAAUCAGGAGAGAGAGGCAGCCCGAGGAGAUCGAGGAGAGGGGGAGGAGAAGAGGAAGUUGGAGACCAUAAGGCCAGCACCAGAGGAUUCUCAGAGCGAGGCAGAGCCUGCUUCAAAGACGUCUGUUCCAAGACUUCUGGAUGAACGUUCAAGAGCUACAGGAGUACUGUCAACAAGGAAGAAUCCAAUGGCCACAGGAGCCAUCCAGGCCACCCGAUCUCCUGCCUCUUUCCCACACCCCACUACACAAAAAAGCCAAAUGCUGAAGGCCUCCAACUUCAAGUCUGAGCCUCGGUGGGAUUUUGAGGAGGAAUAUAGCUUGGCUACGGGCAGCCUGCAGACGACCUGCCCUCAUUCUGUGAAGGUGAAGGCCUCCAAGUCACCAUGGCUACAGAAUACCUUUCUGCCCAACAUCACUCUGUUCCUGGACUCUGGACGCUUCACCCAGAGCGAGUGGAGCCGGCUAGAGCAUUUCGCACCGCCCUUUGGCUUCAUGGAGCUCAAUCGGUCCUUGGUACAGAAGGUAGUGAGCCACUUCCCUCCAGUUCCCCAGCAGCAGCUCCUCCUUGCCAGCCUCCCCACUGGGUACUUCACCUGUAUCACCUGUGCUGUGGUGGGCAACGGCGGCAUCCUGAACAAUUCACGGAUGGGCCAAGAGAUAGACAGCCACGACUAUGUUUUUCGACUGAGUGGAGCCGUUAUUAAAGGAUAUGAACAGGAUGUGGGGACCCGGACAUCCUUCUAUGGGUUCACUGCCUUCUCCCUGAUUCAGUCUAUCCUCACUUUGGGUAGUCAAGGUUUCCAGCAUGUGCCUCUGGGGAAGGAUGUCCGAUAUCUACACUUCCUGGAAGGCGCCCGGGACUACGAGUGGCUGGAAGCUAUGUUUUUGAAUCGGACCAUGGCAAAAACCCAACUUUCCUGGUUCAGGCAAAGGCCCCUGGAAGCCUUCCGGGACGCCUUGGACUUGGAUCGAUACUUGCUACUGCACCCAGACUUUCUCCGUUACAUGAAGAACAGGUUUCUGAGGUCAAAGACCCUGGACACUGCCCACUGGAGAAUAUACCGCCCCACCACUGGCGCCCUCCUACUGCUUACGGCCCUUCAUCUCUGUGACAAGGUGAGCGCCUAUGGCUACAUCACCGAGGGCCAUGAGCGCUUCUCUGACCACUACUAUGAUACAUCGUGGAAACAGCUCAUCUUUUACAUAAACCAUGACUUUAUGUUAGAGAGAACGGUCUGGAAGCGGCUGCAUGAUGAAGGCAUCAUCUGGCUCUACCAGCGCCCACAAAGUGACGACGCAAAGAACUGACCAGUGAUCAGGGGUCCACCUAGAUCACUUACAACACAGGAGGUAAGGGCUCCUCAUAUGC